AUGACUUCAUCGAAUCCGACGUCUCCAAUCCUUCCCACCCUGUCGCCACUGUCGCCGCAAUCGCCCAUAGUUGUUGAAAAUGAGUUGGUCCAGCCGCUUCGUCAGCUGCUGACUACAUUCUCUGGUCUAACCUCUACUCAAACAUCGAUCACCAGCCCAAAUCCUUGGGCUUGCAGCAAUACCAAUGGCACAAUUUGCCGACGAAACAGCCUCGCGUCUCCAGUGAUGAUGUCCCCUGCACAAGCAGCUUUUGUGCCAAUAUCUCCGGCACGAGCACGCCACCAGAUGAGCACGCCGGAGAGAGCACAUUUUCAGAUGACCCAUACACCGAUGACAGCCACCUUCCCUCGCGAGGACGGCCGGCAGAGCCGCAUGGCCAUGCGCAGUCCAACGUAUGAGAGAGUCUUUACUCUGCCUCUGCGUGUCAAUACAAUUUUUGCCAGCGAGACUAUUCACGAAGAAACAGAUCAGUCAGAAUACGCAUCCACGCCGUCCUCUGAUACAUCAACGCUCUUCGACUGGGAACCAGCUAACGCGACUGCAUCUGCAUCACGGACAACGACCACCGCAAGCAACGGUAGACGCCUCAUCCGCUCUCACACUCCGGCCCCUAUUAGAACUCAGACUCGCUCUCCGAUCCGCAAACAAUCGCAGAAACACAGCCGUCUUCCACCGAAGCUGCGCCUUCCCCCACUGCCACAAUACCACGUUGAGGUCAUCCUCUCACCUACAAGCCGGCGAAACAGAGAACAUUACCAGUCCAGCGUAGAGCACCUGCGUGCCCCACUGGUUCCCCUGAUCUCCGUGACGACAGGCCUCCCGCAUCCGGAAUUCCCCACCAGUCUACUGCAGUAUCACUUGCUCACACAUGAGCAAUUGGAUUCCCUUGCGAGAUGGUAUCACCAGGUGACGCCGCCUGUGGAAGAGACGUUCCAAUAUCCGGCGUGGAUUCCUGCUUGGACAAGUCUACCCCGGAACCGACAGCAGAACCCCAACACUGCUGCCGACCAGAAGAACGUAGAUCUUGAGACGAAAAGAAGGAGAUGGGGCCGGUUUAUUGGCCUGAGAGGAUGCGAGAGCCCAACGGACGAGUCCGGGAACGUUCUGAAUGGAGGGGGUGGCGAAGAACAGAGAGCCGAAACGCCAGACGAGCUGGCGAGACGGAUGGGGAGGGAGUGGAGGCGGGCGCUUGAGCGCGCAGAGGAAGAGGCGCGCUCGUAUGAGAAGAGCUGGAGGGGCCGGUGGUAA